GCCUCCGCCGCCGCCGCCGCGCGUCUCGGGGCUCCCGGCCGCCGCCGCCGCCGCCUCAGCCCUGGGAGCCGCCAGGAGCGACGUCCGCGCCAUGGCCGGCAUCAAAGCUUUGAUUAGUUUGUCCUUUGGAGGAGCUAUCGGGUUGAUGUUUUUGAUGCUUGGAUGUGCCCUUCCAAAAUACAACCAAUACUGGCCCCUCUUUGUUCUGUUUUUUUACAUCCUUUCACCUAUUCCAUACUGCAUAGCGAGAAGAUUAGUGGAUGAUACAGAUGCUAUGAGUAAUGCUUGUAAGGAACUUGCCAUAUUUCUUACAACAGGCAUUGUUGUCUCAGCUUUUGGACUCCCUAUUGUGUUUGCCAGAGCACAUCUGAUUGAGUGGGGAGCUUGUGCACUUGUUCUCACAGGAAAUACAGUCAUCUUUGCCACUAUACUAGGCUUUUUCCUGGUUUUUGGAAGCAGUGAUGACUUCAGCUGGCAGCAGUGGUAAAAGGACCUUCUGAACUACUGUCGAGUGGACUUCUAGGCAUUUGUCCGUCACCCAUGCACACAGGAGGUGGGGAAGCAGCCCUGAAUGGUGGAAGCAAGCCUCGCGGGGGUAUUCCGGUGCUCCCUUCUCAUUUUAUUGUAAGCGUACUAUUUUCACAGAGACUUGCUGAAGGAUUAAAAGGUUUUUUUCUCUUUUGGAAAAGCUUGAUUGAUUUCACACGUAACCAUAUGUGCUUUUUGUGGUGUCCUGCUGAAUUUAAAUAUUUAUGUGUUUUCCCUCUUCUUUUUAUUUAAAAGUCUAUAUGCAAUGUUAAACAUUUUUAAAAUGUAAUAAUCAUUUUGCAUUGGUUAGAAAUUAAAAAUUCUGCUGACUUAUAUUACGGGCCUAAGUUUAGUGUAUCUUUUCUCUCAAACUUAUUUAGCUGCCAUUAUUUCAGAAAGUUAUAAAGUGAGUUUUCAGUCAGUCAGGAUGAUACCACUCCCAAUUUUAUGCAAACAUGCAGACUGUUGCAUUCUUUAUAGACUAGAUACUCAGAACAAAGACCACUGCACUAUACCUCAGAGGGGCCGAGUAUUCAUUCCUCUACCCUCUACAAGGGUUGCUGGUUUUGCCAGUAAGUAGGAGUUUUGCGUAUUGAGAAUUAUUUUAAGAAAUUGCUACAGAAGAGUGCUUUUCUUCUGAAUUGUGAAAAUUUAUUGUUAAACUUUUAAGGGUGUAAAAAACAGAUUUUUGAGAUGGUUUUUAUUUAUGUUUAUUAUACGAUAGAGUGAGUUGUGUUGUGGGAAGAAAUGUUAAAAUCCAUUUUUGAAUCCUUUUUCUAUUUAUAAGUGAAAUUUUUGGAUUUCUCUCAGCCUUUCAUGUUUUACCAUGGGUAAAAUGGAUGUACAUGGAACUACUGCUGGUAAGGGAAAGCUGUAUAUUUGGGACAUAUAUGCCAGAAAGCCUUUCCCUGCUUUCUCCUUUAACUUAUUUUAUAUGUUGUAUAUAUUAAGUAAAAUAACUUUUCAAGUAUAGUUUAACAACACUUUAAAUUAGAAGUGUUGAAAUUACCUGGGACCUAAUUGCUAUGCCAUACAUCCAGAGUGCCCUGCCCCACGCAGCCUUGAGACGAUUAACAAGUGACUUGUUAGUCUUGCAGAUAAUUCAUGCAUUAACAAUUUAAGACUUAGACCAUGGUAAUUGUAGAUCUCUAUUCUCUAUGUUAUAUCAUAUGUAAUUUUAAAAUAUUGCAGACAAGUUUCCUGUAUACCUCAACUGUUUUGGUUUCAUCAUGAUAGACCUGCGGUUCCUUUUCUUUUUAAAUGGCAUUUAUUAUGUGAAUUAAUGCAAAGUAGCCAAAUCCAGCUGUAUAGCAACGUUAGAGACAGACCUGACCAAAAAAUUCUCAGUAACCAGGCAUGAUCAAAUGGUAGUAGUUAUGUGCUUCUCAUAGUUACCAGUACUUUCUUCAGAAACUAGUUAUAAAAAUCCUGAAGUUGGUCUGAGACUGUUUUGUUAGUAUUUGUUUUCCAAUAUACUUACAUAAAAAAUUGUUUUGCCUUCAGACAAAGCUGAGUAAUAAAACUGUCUUUGUUUCAUAAAGUUUGUUUCUCAAGAAAAUGGCAACAAAUUUUGGAUUUGUUUAACUUUUACUAACGACACCUAAAAGCCACAGUUUUUAUUGCUGAACCCUAAUUGUUCUUUUUGGCUGUGAUUGGAAGCAGAAUAAAUUUUCUGCAUGUGGCUGAAACAUUAACUCAUUAGGCAGAAAAUGGCUUACAGUGUUACAGUGUUCUAGACUUAGAGAGGGUAAAACGGAUAAACAGGACCAGAGCUGGGUCCCUGUGUCCUUGGGGCUCUGUGUGUAGAGAGAGGACUUUCCUCCGUCCUGCUCUGUGUUCUGCUAGAGCGUCAGCGCACUGCACUCCUGCUGUGCUGUUUCCUUGGCCGUAGACUCUUUCUGACCGCUGCAUAUUCUUUCUGUGCACUAACUGCAUUGGCAGCUUUGUGUUCUUAACCCUGUACACUAGUUGGGCAUAGUGCUGUCUAGGAUUUCUAGGCUGUUACUUGAGGUAUGAAUUUUCCAUAGAAUAUGCACUGAUACUGCAUUGCCAUUCUUCUAUGGAAAGAAAACUUUUGAUGCUGAAACAAUAAAGAUUUUAAGUAUCAA